CUGCUGCUGCUUCUGCCUCUGCUCCUCUCGCCGUGUAUAUGUAUAUGUGUGUGUCUGUGUGUAUGUGUGUGUCCGUGUGUGUGUGUGUGAGUGUGCGGACACCCGAGGAAAUGAAAUGCCAGGAUUGGGCUACCUCCAGGGAGAGCCUCUCCAUCCUAUAAUGUGAGCCAGCCAGCGAACUGUGGGAUCAGGGAGAAGCUGCAUCCAUCAAGCGACGGGGCCACGGGAGGACCAGGCGUGAUCCGACGGGAGGGGAGAUCUUUUUUUAUUUAUAUAUAUAAAUUAUUCGUCUCUGCUGAGGAGAGAAGGGAUUGUCGUCAUCCCUCCCAUCCAUCCUUUUUUUUGCUCUCUGUGGUGCCCCCUCCUCAAGCCUCCGCCUCCACUCUUCAUUUUUUUUCCCCCCCUCAUUCUUCUAGAGGCACUCGUUGGAAUAUCAAACCUCCAUGUAUGACAAUUUGUACCUGCAUGGAUUUGAAGACUCGGAGGCGGGCUCAGCUGAUUCAUACACUAGUAGACCAUCCGACUCAGAUGUCUCUCUGGAGGAGGAGCGGGAGGUCCCGGCCCCGGUCCCGAGCCAGAGCCCAAGCCAGAGCCAAGGACCGGGACAGAGCCGCCAGGAGAGGGAGCAGCAGGCCACCACUCAACUGGAGCGAGCCAAGACUAAGCCUGUGGCGUUUGCUGUAAGGACCAACGUCAGCUACUGCGGUGCCCUGGAUGAGGAUGUUCCAGUCCCAGCCACGGCCAUCUCCUUCGACGCCAAGGAUUUCCUCCACAUAAAAGAGAAGUUCAACAACGACUGGUGGAUCGGACGGCUGGUGAAGGAGGGCUGUGAGAUCGGCUUCAUCCCCAGCCCCCUGAAGCUCGAGAACAUCCGGCUCCAGCAGGAGCAAAAGAGAGGACGAGUCCAAGGUAAGUCUGGAGGGAACUCUUCUUCCAGUGUAGAGGAUGAGGUCUCGGCCUCUAUCCGACCCCUCAUAUCCUCGGCAGGAAAGCAGAAACAGAAAGUGACGGAGCACAUCCCCCCGUAUGACGUGGUCCCCUCCAUGAGGCCGGUGGUGCUGGUAGGACCCUCGCUCAAGGGUUACGAGGUGACAGACAUGAUGCAGAAAGCACUUUUCGACUUCCUCAAGCACAGAUUUGAUGGCAGGAUAUCGAUCACACGUGUCACAGCAGAUAUAUCUUUAGCCAAACGCUCUGUUCUCAACAACCCCAGUAAAAGAGCCAUCAUCGAAAGAUCCAACACUCGCUCCAGCUUAGCUGAGGUGCAGAGUGAGAUUGAGAGGAUCUUCGAGUUGGCGCGCUCCCUGCAGCUGGUGGUGCUGGACGCCGACACCAUCAACCACCCGGCGCAGCUCCUCAAGACCUCCCUGGCCCCCAUCAUCGUCCACGUCAAGGUCUCCUCGCCAAAGGUCCUGCAGAGGCUGGUCAAAUCCAGAGGAAAGUCCCAGAGCAAACACCUGAACGUGCAGCUCGUGGCGGCGGACAAAUUGGCCCAGUGUCCUCCGGAAAUGUUUGACAUCAUCCUGGACGAGAACCAGCUGGAGGACGCCUGCGAGCACCUGGCUGAAUACCUGGAGGCCUACUGGAAAGCGACCCACACCUCCAUGGCAACGCCCCUGAACCCCCUGCUGGGACGCAACCUAGGCCCAACCACCCUCACCCCCUACCCCACCAGCAUCUCUGGACUGCAGCAGACCCAAAGAAUGCGACAGAGCAACCACACAGGCGACCACUCCACCCUGAACGAGCGACGCAACCUGAUGACGUCAGACGAAAACUACCACAACGAGCGGGCGCACAAGGGACGCAACCGCAUGUCGUCCGGCUCGCAGCAUAGCCGGGAGCAGCAGGACCCGUACCAGGACUACCAGGACCCCUAUCAGGAUUCAUACAAACCACACCGCAAUCGCAGUUCACCGGGCAGCUACAGCCAUGACUCCCGGCACCGGCUCUGAGCCCACUUCUCCCACCACUGGGGGCCCCAAGUGGCCCAGAUUCCACCCAAAACUAACGCUGCAACAGAGCCACGAUGGUCCCAAAUUGUACCCGUUUGGUUUUUGCAUUUGUUUCUCUUGCAUACCUGGCUGUUUAUUUCUCUUCCAAAGUCAAAGUCAUGUACAGAUGUCAGGUAUUUAUUUUGAAUCAAGCUGCAGGGCAACCCCAUCAAUCAACAGCGCGAGUAGUCAAAGAGGAUUCAGGAACGUUUAACUUCAAUAAAUUCCUUCAAAUUUGUGUUACUGGGACCUUCUGGGAGUUGUGCUAACGCGGUGCUCAGCAGACGUGCAGCAGCUUGUUGCCCGUGUCAGCGAGCGGACGAUGGGCAGUGGUCAGGUGGUGACGGUGCGUGGGCGUCUAAGUGCCUGGGACCUCGCACCGGGUCGGACGGAGGUCCACUGCACACAGACUGCUGAAGGCUGCUGGGCCAUGUAUAAAUCCUCUCACCAUUUAGCUUAUUGCAUGCUGAUAGAUGAUCAACCUCCGCAUCCACUUCAUUGAUAUUUUGUACCGAGCACUCUGGAUUCUUCCAUGAUGAGGUAGAGAUACGGAGGUCCGAUUUCUUUCCGAGGUU